AUGCACCUCGAAAAAAGUUCAGCGCAAGCCGCAGUUGUACCAAUCCUUCCGACAAUUUUAUUUACAAUUCCUUUGAGCAUUCCUUACCUAUUAUUAUUAAGAUUUGCGACAUCAAAGUUUCUUUUACCUUCAACUCGCACCAAAAUUUCUAAAUUCUUUGCCUCAAUAUUAAUUUUACCACCAAUAAUAUUUUUAUCAACAUUUGAUACUGCACCUAAUACAAACAGAUAUCGAUUCAUGAUAUUAUGGCCAUGGGAAGAACAAAAAUUAGUUCAGAUAUCUAAAGAAAAUGUUGAAACAGUAAUAGGAUCAGAAGCUUUAGUACCUUCAGAUGAUCCAAGAACUCAAAUGUUUGAACAAAUUUGUCAUAGAUUAUGGAAACAAGGAGUUAUAGAGAAAUAUAAAAAUAAUGUGAUGAUUAAAGAACCAAUAGUUUAUCUUAUAGAUAAUGAAGAACUUUUGGAUGGUGUAUCAUAUCCUUGUUCAGCUAUAACUUUAACAACAUGUUGGUUAAGAUUAUUAGAUUAUGAUGAAAAUCUUAUUGCGGCAAUAAUUGCACAUGAAAUUGCACAUAUUAUACAAAAUCAUGCAAGUGAAUUUUAUGGAAUGUCAUUUAUAAUAAAAGUAAUGACAAGAUUAGGAGAAAUGUUUGGAAAUUUAAUUCCUGGUUUAAAUAAAGAAGGAAUUAAAAGAAGGCCAUUACAUUUUUUACAACAACAUUCACAAAUGUUAGAAAGAGAAGCCGAUUUAUUAGGACAAGAAAUUAUGGCACGUGCAGGGUAUGAUCCAGCAAAAGCUAUAGAAUUAUGGGAAUUAAUGGUAUCUUUGGAAGAAACAAAUAAAAGUUCAAUGGAACAACUUCAAAUACCAAAAUCAUCUCAUGAUGAAGAAGGUCGUGGAAUAAGGCAUAGUAGUGAUAUUACUUUUAAAUAUCACCCUUUAAAAGAACAUAGAGUCAAAUAUUUGACCGAAAAUUUAUUACAAGUUCAACAUUUAUAUGUAAAUUAUAAAAAAAUAGAUUAA